AUGCAGGGUCACGGGAGUUGCUUGAAACUCUAUCUUGCAUUUGCGCUACUUUUGCUACAAAAUGUCAAAGGAGGAGAAGUUGGCAGCAGCGACAAGGAUGCUAAUGCGACCGGGACUUGCAUAGAGAGGGAAAGGCAAGCACUCCUUGCAUUCAAACGUGGCCUGGUGGAUGAGUACAACAGCCUCUCUUCAUGGAGUUCGGAAUCCCAUAAACAAGAUUGUUGCAGAUGGAUUGGAGUCUCUUGUAACAACCAAAUUCAACUUGAUCUUGAAGGCUAUCUUUCAAAAGGUAAGAUGAUUAGUCCUAAACUGAUUGAGUUGCAACAUUUACAACAUUUGGACCUUGGAUGUAUUGAUUUCAAUGGGAGCCAAAUUCCAGAUUUCAUUGGUUCUCUAACCAAUCUAAGAUACCUCAAUCUCUUUUGGGGUAAUUUUGGUGGUCAAAUUCCAAGUCAGAUUGGAAACCUCACGCAAUUGCAAUAUCUCCACCUAGGCGGUAAUCAGUUUAAUGUAGAAAAUCUUAAUUGGCUCACUGGUCUUUCUUCUUUAACCGAUUUGGACCUAAGCCACGUCAAUCUCAGUAAUAUGUUCGAUUGGCCAGAAGCAGUUAAUAAGCUCCCUAAACUAAGACACUUGGAUCUAGGGGACUGCAGUCUUCCUCCUCCUCCUCCUAGAAUUCAUUCCACUCCUUUUUCUAACAUAAAUUCUUCCACAUCUCUUACACAUCUUAAUCUCAGAGACAACCAUCUCACUUCUUCAAUUUUUCUUUGGUUGUCCAACUACACUACUGCAAGCCUUGUUGACCUUAACCUCUCUGAAAACAAUCUAACCGGUUUAAUUCCCGAUGUCAUUGGAAACAUGAGCUCUCUUGCAAAUCUGGUUCUCUCUCAUAACCAGAUUGAAGGAGGAAACCCGAAUUCGUUUGCUAGGCUAUGUAGUUUGCAAUUUCUAGAGAUUCCAGGAAAUCGUCUGAGUGGACAAUUAUCCAAGUUUGUUCAGCUUUUGCCCACAUGUGCUCAAAAUUCAUUAGAGACUUUGGAUCUCUCUCACAAUGAUCUUGCUGGCUCAUUAACUAAUCUUACAACUUUUUCAUCUUUGCAAAUCUUGUCUGUGAAUAAUAAUCAACUGACCGGAAGUUAA